AACCCCCCUUUUCCCUCUUCACUCUCAGAGACACUUCACAAACCAAAUUCCAAUUAAUCCCGUUUUCCAUAUUUCCAAUCAAGAAAAGAACCAACAGUUUAUGGAAAAUAAAAGCUCUCAGAUUCUUGACCCCUUUAUUGUAUUGUACCUCCUCAUUUAAUACUUACUAGUUUACAUGAAUGAGUUUUUCCACACACCAACUCCCAAACGACCCCUGGUCCACAUUUUCAUGUAUAAAAACCCCCUCAAGACACAACAUGCAGUAUUGGGUUUUCCUCUGUGUUCCCACCAUUACUGUGCAAAAAUCUCAAGAUGGCUGCUGCUUUCUUGACUUCUCAAGUCCUGUUCUUGGCCACAGCAUUGGCUGCUUCCGCAGGCACCGUAUUCCUCUUUGAUCUCUUAAGGGAAAGGUGUUUUCCUCCUCCUCAAAUUCCCCGGAAUCAAGAUUCCCUUAUCCAACGAAAACAACUUCUAAAAUCUUGCUUAUCUUCAGGUAAACCUCUCCAACCCCAAGAAAAUAAAAAAAGGAAAAGGAAGAAGAAGAGAGUGCAAUUUGCAGAUGAUGUGAAAGAUUCAAAGAGCAAUGGCAACAGAAAAAAACACAGAAAAUUUGCUGAAACCGAUGAGAAGAGUUGUUGCGGGAAUGCGGUUGUUGGGUUGAAGAAAUUGCCGGCGAAUCGGGCGACUUUGUACAGUGGGAUUCUCAUCAGGGAGCGAUUGCGGAGAAUGGGUACUCUGUGUUGAGUGAAUCUAAAUGAGUGUUCUUGCUGUUCUUAUUGGAUUCCCCUCUCAUUCUUAUAGUAAAUACAGGAAAUUUUAUCCUCUCGUAAUUUUUCUUUUUUAUUUUAUGGCUUUUUUGUGUGUAAAUACUUAGUAGGAUUUAAGAUUGAAACAUUUAAAUUCAUUAUUAUAAAUAUA